ACCACUUAUGAAAAACUGCUCUUUCCCCUUUUAGAGUUCAUAAAGGAGGAACCACAAGAAGGAGAGGGAGCUUUUGUACUUAACUGUCUUCACAAUUAAUUUUUUCAAUUUACAUUGCGGCUGCUUUAGAGACUUGGGAAAAAAGGACCUGAAAUUGUAACUCAGUUGCAGACCAAAAUUAGUCAUCAUGACUUCACUGCUGGGUGCAGCUUUGCUGACUUUGAGUCUGAUGUCCCCUGCCUUGGCUUUUGUUCCAAUCGGGGGAGGGACAUCCACUCAUGUCAGCAUUACUGGGACGGCCCUGCUGCAAAAGGUUGCAGAGACGUGCCAGGCGGUGGCUGAUGCAGCCGGUCAUGAGUUCAAACCUACGGGUUCUUCUCCAGAAGAGUUAGUCCAGGCCUGUCUGGGUCCCACCGCACCAGGAGAUGUCUCCGGUGCCAAGUUCCACUCAGCUCUUUGGGAGAUCUACACCCAGAACAGCCUGGUGGACCGUGACUUUGUAAACAGUCCACCACAUCACUUCAACUCCGAAGCUUUCUUAGAGGGACGUGGACUAAUCACUGAAGGCGUAGCGGCCAUCAAGGCUAACAUUCGGAAGGAGAACUUCAAAGCUGCCAGGAAAACAUUGGGCAGAGUCCUGCACACAAUACAAGAUUUCUACAGCCACAGUAACUGGGUGGAACUGGGAUACACCAAACCAUAUGUCAACCUCUUAAGACCAGACCUGCCUCUAGAAAACCUGGCAGAUGUGAACACUUCGACCUGCAGCGACUGUGCCAAUAGAAAAUGUCCUAAUCAGAUUCUCCCCAACAUCCUGUAUGAGAAGAAACUCACAUCAGGCUACAUGGGAAUCUUUUCUUCUCAGAAACCUAAAGGCAAAUGUAGCCAUGGAGGUGAAUCUGAUCUCACCAGCACCACAGUUCCUCGAGGAGGCAUCAGCAAAGACGAGCGCCGCUCUGACAAUAAGGAAUUUCAUGAUGCUGCUGUAAAUGCAGCAGUAGCUGCCAGCCUCCAACUGUUAGAAGACAUUCGUUUGGCUUCAGGCAAUCAUAACUUUUUGAGAAUGAUGGGGAUUGCUCGUUCAUCUGUGGUGUGCUUUGUCAUUGACACCACCGGCAGCAUGUCUGAUGAUAUUGAAGCAGCUAGAACGGUUAUGUAUAAAAUCAUUGACAGCAAAAAGGGAACACAAGAUGAACCAUCUGAGUACAUCCUCGUGCCCUUUAAUGACCCAGAGUUUGGACCUAUGAUCAGGACAACUGAUGCUGAGAAAAUGAAAGGAGAAAUCUCCAAGCUCAAAGCAGCAGGUGGUGGAGACACACCAGAGAUGUGUCUAUCAGGACUUCAGCUGGCUCUCACUGGAGCCCCUUCCUCAUCCAACAUCUAUGUUUUCACUGAUGCUAUAGCCAAAGACAUUGAACUGAAAGACACAAUCAUUGCUCUCAUGAGGAGCACCAAGUCAACGGUCUCAUUCUUUAUGACGGACGCAAGCAGCAGGCGGCGGCGGUCUCUAACAAGUUCCUCCUUCAGUGACUAUAAAGACUUGGCUUUGGCAUCUGGAGGCCAGGCUAUCCAGGUGUCCAAGCCCCAACUCCCUCAGGCUACAGAUAUUAUCCUUGACACCUCAACUUCUGCUCUGGUAACAGUUCUUCAGCAAGCUACUGUUGCAGAGCAGGAGACUUUCCCUUUUGUGUUGGAUGAAUCUCUGAAAAAUAUCACUAUCUACAUCACAGGAACAUCACUAACUUUCACAUUGACCAAUCCUGCUGGUGUUUCCCAGACUGACACUGAAGCCAAGGGUAAACUGGGAACCAUCCACACAGUGGGUAACCUCAGGAGAAUCCGUCUGUAUGCUGACAAGCAGUCAGGAACCUGGCAGAUCAACAUCAAAUCCCGUCAGCCAUACACACUCAAAGUCACAGGCCAGAGCACAAUUACCUUUAUCUAUGACUUUGUCGAAAAGUUCACAGGACCUCACUCAGGCUAUGCAGUACUCAGUGGACGUCCACGAGCAGAUCAGCCUGCUACCCUGGUGCUCUCAGUAAUAGGAAGAAAAGGUCCAACUUCAACAACUAUCGAAGAGGUUGGCUUGGUAACGAUGUCUGGUCCAGAGGUUGUAACCAAUGGCACAAUGACUGACAUGGGGAAUGGAGAGAUCCUGGUCACGGUUGUUGCCGUUCCUCAGGGGGAGUUUGUGCUCAUUCUGAAAGGAACAGACACAGUGUCUAACAGCAAAUUUCAGAGACAGUCUACCACCCAGAUGUCUGUCUCCAAAGUUAAUAUCCAGGCUGCAGUGGAAAGCAGUGUUGAGCCAGGGGAAACUUUUAAACUUCCCUUCAGUGUGAUGACCCAAAGUGAAGGGGGUGCAUACACCAUCAGCGCCCGAAAUGACAGAGACUUUCCUAUGUCAUACCCAAAAACACUCAGUUUGUUAAGUGGAGAAUAUGCUAAUGCUACACUGACUAUUACACCAACUGCUGGCACAGAAUCAGGCACUGAUGUCACUCUGACCAUUGAAGCCAAAUCAUCAAAUGGCAUUGAUUCCAAUUACGCUGUUCUGAGACUGUCUGUUGUCAAUAAGAUCACAGAUUUUAUUCCGCCAAAGUGUGAAGUGACGACCGUAGUGGCAAAUUGCCCUCAUGAUGUCUCAAAAUGUGGACCUUUCCAGUGGGAGCUCUCUGCCAACUUCAUUGAUCAAAAUGGCACUCGGAUUCAAAGCAUUUCCUUGAUUCAAGGCAAUGGGAAUUUGACACACACCACUCUGAAUGCUUCUGUCGUCCAAGCGUACUACAGCGCCUCCUGCUGUUCUCAGAUCGUCCAGAUUGUAGCUGUAGAUAAGGCUGGCAAUGUGGGCAAAUGCUACCACUCGAUCAUUCGUUCACACAGUUUUCCUACUACAACUCUGUCAUUGCCACUAUGGCUUUGCCUUUUGGCUUCUAUUUUUGUGGUAAGGCCUUAAAGAAGUUUACAGGAUAUCAUGAUAAAUGUUCAGUAUAUCUUGUGAAUUAUUUUGUUUU